UCCCUUCUCCGUCUUCUUCCUUUUAAGGACUCCCCAUCUUCUCUCUUCUUUGCAUGGCCAUGCCCGUCACUUCUCUGUUUAUUUUAUCUCUUCUUCUCAUAUCGUGUUCAUUAUUCUCACAACAUUGAUUCUGGAGUAGGAAUUAACUUCAUAUCCUUAAGACGAUAGAUUUCAAUAUUCCACAUUUUAAGAAAUUAACAGAUUAAUUUAUUCAAACAUCUGGAGGUCACAUGGAAACUGGAGGAUCAUUGGUACAGGCAAUAAGAAAGCCCACGCUUACGCCUAAAGCUAUUAUACACCAGAAGUUUGGAAGCAAAGCUUCUUAUACGGUAGAGGAAGUAGAGGAACCUACUCAAAAUGGAUGCCCAGGAUUGGCUAUCCUUCAGAAGGGGCCCUGCCUUUAUCGCUGUAGCUUGGAGCUUCCAGAUUUUACUGUUGUGUCUGGGUCCUUUAAGAAGAAGAAAGAUGCUGAGCAGUCUGCUGCUCAGAUUGCAUUGGAAAAGCUUGGCAUCAAUCUUUCUUCUGAUAAUCCCACAGCAGAGGAAGCAUGGAGAGAGUUGAUAGCUCGUGUUAAAUAUAUAUUCUCGAAUGAGUUCCUUUCAGCUCUUCAUCCUUUGAGCAGUCACUUCAAAGCAGCUUUACGCAGAGUUGGUGAUCUUAAUGCUUCAGUUCCUGCUUCUGUUAUUGCUAUAUGUGACGGAAAACUUAAUAAUCUGUGCAAAAUAAUUAAUCCUACUGUGGAGUCUCAUCCUCUCUUGGUCUUAUCAUAUAUUAUGAGAGCUGCUGCAGGAUUACCUGAGUUGGUUGUUAGUGCUGAGGGACAGCUUUCGAUUUGGAGGAAAGAUCCUUAUCCACCUAAUGUCAUAGAAUCAUCAAUAUCUCAACAGUCUGAUGUUGCUGAAAGCAUUACAACUACGGCCAUAUACAUACCAUGUUCACCUGAAAAGGCUGUUGAACCGGUGAUUCUUAAUAUAUCAUCAACAGGUUAUUACCUUGAUGUUAUUGGACAAAUACUCGGAUUAUCAGAUGCCAACAUGGUUUUGAUCUCGAGGACUAUUGGUAAAGCUUCAUCUGAAACAAGAUUUUACUUUGCUGCUCCCAAGUCAUAUCCUCUAGAUAUGUCAUCUGAUCUUUUAAAUGCUAAAGUUGUUCCGUUUGGAGGACCUUUGAAUGCAAAGGCCAGCUCUCUUUGUGGUCAAGAUAUAUAUGGGGAUUCAAUUUUGGCAUCCAUUGGUUACACUUGGAAAGGCCAAGAUAUUUUCCAUGAAGAUGUCACCUUGCAAUCUUAUUACAGGAUGCUUAUAAGUAAAAUACCAAGUGGAGUUUACAAGUUGUCCAGAGAGGCAAUACUUGCAGCUGAGUUGCCCCUGACGUUUACUACAAAGACAAACUGGAAGGGUUCCUUCCCGAGAGAAAUUCUCAGUUCAUUCUGUCGCCAGUACCGGCUAUUAGAACCUGUCUUUUGUGUCUCAAGUAUUCCUUUAAAAGCAUCAUCGGAGUUGUCAAGAUCAAACAAUAAACCUGAGGUUUCAGAAUCAGCUGAGCAAGAGAGGGAGUAUGCCAAUGAAAAUGAAUCUGUUGAUGUUGACCCAAAAUUGGCGGUAUUGGGAAGCAGUUUUACUUGUGAAGUAAAAAUAUACUCAAAGUGUCAAGAUUUGAUUUUGGAGUGUGCACCCAAUGUUUUGUAUAAGAAGCAAAAUGAUGCUGUCCAGAGUGCUUCCUUAAAAGUUUUAUCAUGGUUGAAUGCAUAUUUAAAGGACACAUAUAUGUCUUUGGAGAAAGAAAAACAAUUAGCCAAUGUCUUUGAUAUUAAGUUUUAUCGACAAAUCUUUUUCAAGGAAGUUGUAAAAUGCCUAUCUGUUUGUAACUGUCAGCAUAAUGAAACUUUGGGAGGGAAAGAACCUGAAUUGAAUGGUGUGGUGGAAAAUGAUGCGAGUUAUAUAAAUAUAGAAGGUACAGAUUCUGGUCUGUGUCCAUCUAAUGGAUCCCUUUUGUGCGUAUGUUAUUCUGUAUCUUUAGUGACAAAAGGUGAACUUCAGAAGGAGCUUCUUGAAAGUAUCGAGGAGUUUGAGUUUGAGAUGGGGACUGGAGCAGUAAUUCCCUGUCUUGAAGCUGUUGUCUCCCAGAUGUCUGUCGGCCAGUCUGCUUGUUUCUAUACAGAGUUGCCUCCUGAAGAUUUGGUUUUGGCUGCAGCUAAGGAUUUGGCAAAUGCUCUUGCAUUCUUAACUUCACCUUGCUGCUUGGAGUACUCGAUCAUCUUGUUACAGGUGACAGAACCCCCGGAAGACAGAAUGGAGCAGGCACUUUUCAACCCACCACUUUCCAAGCAACGUGUCGAAUAUGCAGUGCAACACAUUAAAGAAUUUUGUGCUACUUCUUUGGUUGAUUUUGGAUGUGGCUCUGGUAGUUUACUGGAGUCUUUAUUGGAGUAUCCAACUUCUUUGGAAACAAUUGCCGGAGUUGAUAUUUCACAAAAGAGCCUCAGUCGUGCAGCAAAGGUUCUUCAUUCAAAACUAGUCAUGAAGUCAGAUUUUGAUGCACCAUGUAGGAGUAUAAAAUCUGCCAUUCUUUUUGAUGGGUCUAUCACAGAUUUUGAUUCUCGGUUGUGUGGAUUCGAUCUUGCCACAUGCUUAGAGGUGAUUGAACAUAUGGAGGAGGAGCAGGCCAGUCUGUUUGGUGAUAUUGUGCUCAGUUCUUUUCGUCCAAGGAUUCUUAUUGUUUCAACUCCCAACUAUGAGUACAAUGUUGUACUCCAGAAAUCCAAUCUAACAAGCCAUGAAGAUGAUCCGGAGGAGAAGAUUCAGUCACAAUCAUGUAAAUUUCGCAACCAUGACCACAAGUUUGAGUGGACAAGAGAGCAGUUUCAACACUGGGCAUCUGAAUUAGCUGUUAGACACAAGUAUAGGGUUGAAUUCAGUGGGGUUGGUGGUGCUGUUGAUCUGGAACCGGGAUUUGCUUCACAGAUUGCCGUCUUUAGAAGGGUGUUUCUACCCGAGGAUGACGACAGUCUGAAGGAUGAAAAUUCGGUAUGCCAAUACAAAGUUAUAUGGGAGUGGAAUAGAAGUAGGCCCCCUCUGACAAAUUAAUAGAUAAAUAUUUUGAAUUUAGUUUAGCAGUAGAGGGUUAGAACUACAAAUUUUGACCAUGGUAAAGUAGUCGUCAAAUAUAUACAUAUUGUACAUGAGCAGAAAGUCUGCAAAGCUUUUGAAUUUAUUUUUUCACAUUCCGCUAUAAGAUGUUUCUGCUAUUGAAUGUGAUUUAUCCUUUUUCUUUUAUAAAUGAAGUGAAUAUGCCCUGGCUCGUUUUCCUUA